AUGGGGAAGGCAGGAGGAAGCUCUUGGUUGGCAGCUGUGAGAAGGGCUUUCAGGUCUCCUACCAAAGAAAAGGACAAGAAAAGCAACAGGACAAGAGAAGAGCACGAACAGGAGGAGGAGGAAAAGAAGAGGGGAAAAAGAACAUGGAUGUUCAGAAACCCCUUCGGCCAAGAGACAACAGCGCAGCAUUGCUUAGAAAGAACCAUAAUAACAAGUACAGCCGAUGUGAUGGCAACAAGUUGUGAUGCAGAGCAAAGACAUGCGAUUGCAGUGGCCAUGGCAACCACAGCAGCUGCUGAGGCAGCGUUAGCAACCGCUCAAGCGGCUGUGGAGGUCGUUCGCCUUUCUAAGCCCUCCUUCUUUGUCAGACAACGCAAGGCAGCCAUCGUAAUCCAAACAGCUUUCAGAGGCUAUCUGGCCAGGAGAGCUCUUGGGGCACUUAAGGGAUUGGUGAAGCUGCAAGCAUUAGUGAGAGGUCAUAACGUGCGAAAACGAGCUAAACUAACACUGGAGUGCAUGCAAGCUCUUAUUCGAGCUCAAACACGAGUAUGCCAACAGCGAGCCAAGCGUCUCUCACAACAUGAAAGAGCCACAGAUUCCACAGACGAGAGUGGGACAGAGGAAGUGCGGAUGCGCUGGGAUGACCACCCACGAACAGUAGAUAACAUUCGAGCUGUUCUACAAAGAACAAGGCAAGCUGCCUUGAGACGUGAUAUUUCCCUGGCUGAUGCCUUCUCCCAUCAGAUAUGGACAACUGGUCGGGAAACAUGCACCAGCGAGGAAGAGGUAGAGGACAGAGACGGUCCAAGGUGGAGGAGAAGGUAUAGAGGGAACAGAGGCAGAGCUUUGUGUGAUCAAAGAGACCCCAUCAAAAUAGUUGAAAUCGAUACAUACAGUCCUUACUCUGAUCAUGUUCCCACUGAUAAACCUGAGUUUAUUAAACCACCGAGAAUUUCGCCCAGCAAAGCCCACUACGAGAUCCCAAUGGCAAUGACAUCACCGUCGACGAAGAUGAAGCAUGUUGAGAUGCAUUCAGCUAGGACUACGCCUCGUGUGAAGCCCAAUACUUUGAUGCCAAACUAUAUGGCAGCCACUGCAUCUGCGAAGGCUCGGUCUCGCUCACAAAGCGCCCUCAGGAACUCAACCUCCGAGGAGGAUGAAAUGGGAUCCAUUAGGAAAUGCCUUUCGUUCCCAGCUCCUAAUUCUUGUGAUGGUUUCGACCCUUGACAAUGGAGGCACUUCUCAUGUAGGAGUAUCCCAUUUCGAAUUUACUAGAAUGUACUCGCAUAUAAAGGUAUCAUAUUUUGUU